AUGGGCAACUUUUUUGGUGCCUGUCCUGUGUACACCAACAGUGGUGAUAGACAGGUCGGCCGUAAAGCUCAAAUGUCCAAUAUUGCUGCGGCCAAGACUGUUGCCGACAUAAUCCGAUCCUGCCUUGGCCCCAAGGCCAUGCUCAAGAUGCUCCUCGACCCCAUGGGCGGUAUCGUGCUGACAAACGAUGGACAUGCCAUCCUCCGAGAGAUCGAAGUCUCGCACCCUGCGGCCAAGAGCAUGAUUGAGCUGAGCCGGACACAAGACGAGGAGGUGGGUGAUGGUACAACCUCGGUCAUCAUCAUGGGUUGGUUUUCCCUGUCCUUUCCCUGUGCUUAUUCUGGAAGCGGCAGAAGAGAGGAAAAGUCACUGACCAUGGACUGGCGUAUACGCAUAGCCGGCGAGAUUCUCGCACACGCCCUCCCCCAGCUCGAGCGCAACAUCCACCCCGUCGUCAUCAUCUCGGCCUUUAAGCGCGCCCUCAAGGAUGCCGUCGAUAUCAUUGACGAGAUCUCCAACCCCAUCGACGUCAACGACGACGAAGCGAUGGCCAAGCUCAUCUCGUCCUCCAUCGGCACCAAGUUCGUCUCGAGGUGGAUGGACCAGAUGUGCUCGCUGGCCCUCAAGGCCGUCCGGACAGUCACCUGGGAGGCCGGGAACGGCAAGACCGAGGUCGACGUCAAGCGCUACGCCCGUAUCGAAAAGGUCCCCGGAGGCCAGAUCGAGGACAGUACGGUUCUCGACGGUGUCAUGGUCAACAAGGACAUUACCCACCCCAAGAUGCGCCGGCGCAUCGAGAACCCGCGCAUCGUGUUGCUGGACUGCACGCUCGAGUACAAGAAGGGCGAGUCGCAGACCAACAUCGAGAUCUCCAAGGAGGACGACUGGAACCGCGUCCUGCAGAUUGAGGAAGAGCAGGUCAAGGCCAUGUGUGAUGCCAUCAUUGCCGUCAAGCCUGACCUUGUCAUUACCGAGAAGGGUGUUUCGGACAUUGCUCAGCACUUCUUCAUGAAGGCCAACAUCACAGCCCUGCGUCGUGUGCGCAAGACGGACAACAACAGGAUCGCCCGCGCGACGGGGGCGACGAUUGUGAACCGCGUGGCCGACCUCCAGGAGUCCGACGUGGGUACCGGAUGCGGCCUGUUUGAGAUUGACAAGAUCGGCGACGAGUACUUCACCUUCCUCACAAAGUGCAAGGACCCCAAGGCGUGCACCAUCCUGCUGCGCGGCCCGUCCAAGGACGUCCUCAACGAGAUCGAGCGCAACCUGCACGACGCCAUGGGCGUGGCGCGCAACGUCAUGUUCCACCCCCGCCUGUCGCCCGGCGGCGGUGCCACCGAGAUGGCCGUGUCGGUGCGCCUGUCCCAGCUGGCCAAGAGUAUCGAGGGCGUGCAGCAGUGGCCGUACCGCGCCGUGGCCGAGGCGCUCGAGGUGAUCCCCCGCACGCUGGUCCAGAACGCGGGAAAGAGCCCCGUGCGCGUGCUGACGGAGCUGCGGGCCAAGCAGGCCGAGGGCAACAGCUCGUGGGGCAUCGACGGCGACUCGGGCGCCAUCGUCGACAUGAAGGAGUACGGCGUGUGGGAGCCUGAGGCCAUCAAGCUUCAGAGCAUCAAGACGGCCAUCGAGGCAGCCUGCCUUCUCCUGCGCGUCGACGACAUCUGCAGCGCCAAGAAGGGCCAGCCCGGAUACGCACCGGGAACCGGUCAGGGCGAUGAGUAA